UGUACUCUAUCCUCGACUAACCCUUAUAGUCAUUCACUCGCUAUUGCAGAGAGCACGACCGAGACUUAUUGAACACAAUCGAUGGAAGCGAGAGGUUUCGAAACAAUAGGACGAGAAAAUUUAUACUACACCUCGGUAUUCAAAGUAGAUGUGCUAUCGACGAAAUCCAUCUCCUGAGAGGGUCAUAGAGUCUCAGAAGACCAUCCAUUUGGUCAAUAACAGAACCCAUGGAUGUAGCAAGCGGCAGGUGCCAAAGCCGACCUAUCGACCAAUCAGAGACGUUCUUAGAUGAUUCGGUUUGUGACAAGCCUGGCCACAAUGUGAAAGCAAUGUAUGGUUGUCAGUGUCACUAAUGCGGUAGUAUGUAGUCUCGGUGAGGAUUUCAGUAGGUACUUUGUAUCCAGAGUAAAUUGCUUGAUGACAAUUUCUAGUAUGUACUGUGCAGUGAGUACAUAUUAUUUCAAGGGUGUGUGUAUUAAUCAUUUAAGCGACGAGUGUUAAAACUGUGGGACGCAUCUAGUUUCGCUUUGCCGUGUGAACCAUUAUCGUUGUGAAAUAUUUACACAACUGGGACAUGCGUUUCAGGUGUGUAUGCUGACAGGUGAAAGAAAAAGAGCUAUUUUGUAAAAUGUAAAUAAUACCAAAUACCGUUAUCGCUGAGGUCACAUCGGCCCGGAAGGAAUUUCUACUUUAAACUGAUCCCUUCGUGGUGAGAAGUUACUGUGGUGUUAACGAGAGUGUGUAGGAUACAACUCGCGUGUUAUUGUCGUGUACUGACGGAGCUUUGUUGAAUCCAAUGGAGCGUGGAUAUCUUGUUAUAUCUUUGUCGCUGAUGUGGAACCAUUAGAUUUGCCACAUUGGUAUGAUGAAGGUAGGAGUCGACAGCCGUACUCGGGCUGUGUGUUGACAUUUCUCGGUGGGAUAGGCUAACCUCGGCGGGAAAGCACAUGUUUUGUGUGUUUUAUGAAGCACGACUUUUUGCAUUGUCUAUCUGGCGCAAGAGUGAAACAUGUGGGAUGCUAAUGUUUAAUUGAUGAAACUAAUUACGUACAUUUAAUUUAUUGCCUGGGUUUGUUCAAUAUAAAUUUUAUAAUUUUAUAUCAUUUCUACCUGAGCUGCAGUUUAUGAUUUGUGUCACUGUUCACAGACCGACGACGUUUGAGACUUUUGUGCUUAUCAACUUUCAUAUAUAUAUAAUGGUUUCUUUCUCCUUCUGUGUGAUUUUUAACGUGAUCGAUGAGUGGAAUAUUUACUAGCAUACUCAAAUGUUACGUUGCAUGAUCUGUAUUACACAAACCAAACCAUGUACGCCUAUGUAAGUCUGUGGAUUUUACUUCAUUCUGUCCUGUGUGAGGAAGAUACCCAAUCGGCGACACUGACAGCGGGUUUAGGCACCCGUCGUAUCGCCCGUAAAGAAGGGGACGUCAUUUUUGGGGCGUUGCUCCCAAUGCACAAGAAACCCCCGGAAACGACUGUCUACACACGCUCCUGUGGGGUUAUUUGGGAGCAGUACGGAAUUCACAGACUAGAAAUAUUUUUGGAAACUCUUGAUAAAAUAAAUGCAAGUCCCGAUAUUCUUCCAAACGUGACAGUCGGGUACGAUAUCCGAGACUCCUGUUGGUAUUCGCCAAUAGCACUAGAACAGAGCAUUGACUUUAUAAAAGAUUCCUUGGCGAAUCUAGAUGCCCAGGCAGAUCGUGAAAAUAACUCAUCACGAAAAGGAGACUGUAAAACAGAGAACCGGAAACCAAUUGUUGGUCUAAUUGGGCCUGGGUCCUCUCACAAUACCAUACAAGUUCAGAACUUGCUCCAGAUAUUUCAUAUUCCUCAGAUAGGAUUCUCGGCCACAAGUAUGGAACUCAGCAAUAAGAACCUAUAUGGCUACUUUCUGAGGGUCGUGCCCUCUGACAAAUACCAGGCUCAGGCCAUGCUGGACAUCGUCAUUAGAUAUAACUGGACAUAUAUUUCAACAGUACACACCGAUGGUAACUAUGGAGCUCGUGGGAUUAUGGAGUUUAAGAAUCUGGCCAGAAAUAGUAGUGUUUGCAUCGCCAAUUCUGAAAGUGCCCCCUCACGCCAAGAUCCACAUUUGUUUGAUGGACUGAUUCGACGCAUGCUCAUUACACCAAAUGCCAGAGUUAUCGUCUGUUUUUGUGAAGGCGCCACUGUCACGUCCCUGUACAACGCCACCAGAAGAGUAAAGGGCGCACAAGGACAUUUUCUUAUUCUGGGAAGUGACGGAUGGGCAGACAGGCCUGAUGUGGUGCAGUCCAUAGAAGAAGCUGCGGCAGGAGGCUUGUCCAUGAAGCUCCAUUCCCCGAUCAUCCCAACGUUCGAUAAGAAAUUCAAAGCUUUGAAUCCGUUCUUCAACGAGAGGAAUCCGUGGUUCAAAGAAUUCUGGCAGGAGAAAUUUAGUUGUACAAUUCAAGGAGACGAAGAUGCUAACCCAGAAUUCGUUAAUAAUACAUGUACAGGUAAAGAGAUCCACCGGGACUUUGUACAGGAUUCCAAGCUUGGAUUCGUUGUGAAUGCCAUGUACACGAUGGCUACAGCCCUCCACAACAUGCAUCAGGAUAUCUGUGGGGAUUAUCCCGGCCUCUGUCCGGAAAUGAUCCCCGUAGAAGGUCGUUUAUACAAGGAAUACCUUCUCAACGUGUCAUUGACAACAUACAGUAAUGACGAUCUCCACUUCGACAAAAAUGGCGAUCCACCAGCAAGGUACGACAUAAUGAACUUCCAGAAGUUUGGGGAAGGUGCUAAUGUAACUUAUGGGUACGUGAAAGUUGGUGAAUGGAAUACAGGCCAACUGGACAUGAAUGACUCCAAAAUCUACUGGCUAAAUCGCUUAAGCGGAGAAACACAUACGAUGUCAGUGUGCAGUCAGCCGUGCCCAAUGGGCAACAUAAAGAAUAUAGAGGGAAAUACCCGUUGUUGCUGGACCUGCAUCCCAUGUGAGGAAAAUGAGUUUAUGAUGGAUGAGGAGACUUGUAAAGAAUGCAGCAAAGGAUGGUGGCCAAACGAGGACCUGACAGCAUGCAAGAUGAUAGAGACAGAAUAUCUGAGCUGGUUCGAUACCGAGGCCGUUGUAGCAAUCUCCUUGGCGUGUGUUGGAAUCUUUGUUACACUUUGGAUCACUGUUAUAUUCAUCCGCCAUCAUAACACACCCGUUGUAAAGGCAUCUACAAGAGAACUUAGCUACAUCAUCAUGUUCGGGAUAAUCACCGCCUUCUGUUGCAACUUUGUCCUUGUAUCAAAACCUACUAUCGUCUCUUGCUAUUUUACUAGAAUCCUGCCCGGAUUGUCUUUUUCAUUGAUAUAUGGAGCUUUAGUAACUAAGACAAAUAGAAUUGCCCGGAUUCUGGAAGGAACCAAGAAGAUUAUCACUAAGAAGCCGCGGUUUAUGAGUGCAUCCGCACAAGUCAUCAUCACUUGCAUCAUAGUUGGGAUAGAGUGCGCAAUCAUAACGGUAAUGUUAAUCAUAGAGCCAGCGGAUUCUGAACUGGACUACCCGACAAACAAACGGGUGCGACUCGUGUGCAACACGUCACCUCUCGGGAUCGUGGUCCCAUUUGGGUUUGAUCUUGUGCUAAUCCUAAUGUGUACACUGUAUGCUGUCAAGACCCGAAACCUACCGGAGAACUUUAAUGAGGCCAAGUUUAUAGGUUUUACCAUGUACACGACCUGUGUAAUAUGGCUGGGAUUUUUCGCCAUUUAUUUCGGCAGUGAGUCAAGGGUGCUAACGAUGUCUAUUUCUAUCAGUCUUAGCGCCUCUGUCUCCCUAGUACUGUUGUUCUUUCCCAAGAUUUACGUGAUCGUCUGGGCUCCAGAGAAGAAUACACGAAGCGCCUUCACCACAUCCAAAGAUGUCCGAUGUCAUAUCGGCUCUAUCUCCUUCCACUCCGGAGAGAGUGUGGAUAUGAUGAGGGAUAAGAAAACUAUGGAUGGUAAAAAUGCCUAUCGACGCCGAUCUCUGUUUGGAAAGAAUCGACAGAAACCGAAAGAGAGCAUGGUCCGUCAUCAGAGUAUGUCCUUGCCACCAAACAUCCGCCUCAACCGUCAGAACUCUACGCACGUACAAGCCUCUGAAUCCAAAUCCAACUCCAACCAGAAGUUUCCGUGGACUACUAAGGAUCGUUCUCCUUCAGAGGACGCUGAUGACAGACUAAGCACCAUCAGUUCUAAGGAGGAGUCACACAGCCAUGGCAGUGACAGGCGUAAAUCGGGUGUCGCCGCAAGUGGAAAUAACAAAAAACAAGAUUCGCAAUGUCAGACCGAUAAUGUCAUGUUUGAGGAAUACCUAGCGCGCUCUCGCAGCGACAGGGUCGGAAGUUCAAUCCGAAGUCGUGCAUCGACCGGGAAAAAUUCUGAAGGAGCUCAACGAUGUGGGUCAGACAGCUCUAUAAAUAGUGAUGAGAUCUUUCUGUCACUGCCUCCCAAUAACGCUCACGAGAGACGCGGGAUGUACAAAACAUCUCCAAUCCACGGCGACAGGAGUCCGCUUCUGAAUGAUAGCGAAACUCCGGAUAAAUGUUACGGAAACAGUUUUGUGGCGACACUAGAACCGUACGGCCACACCAUCAUGUCCGAGUAUCAAAGGCAAGAUGUACCGCCGCGGGUUAAAAGUGUUAGCCCUUACAGUACACUAUAUGACAAUGCACAUUCCAAACACGAUCAUCACAUUGAAUGCAGCACUAACGCAUUUCUUCAUCCCAGCCCUAAAGCUGUUAGGGACUACACUGAUCCAGUAUUCCAACCACGUUUUUCAAAUGGACCUUUCUUAACAGCAACUGUGUCUGCACCCUUAGGGUCUACCUAUCAGCUGAAACCGGAUGAAAGUUCCCUGUACGGACGUCGUCAUAGUGACAACAGUGCCCUGAUUAAGAUCAGUAACCCGGACACGGUUGUCCCCAUGUCACAAAGGCGGAACACGACACCGAACCGUCGGUCAGCUCCAAAGUGUGACCGAUCACAGAUCGAGGCUCGUGAGCCACUGUUAGAACGGCACUCCUCAGACAUUUCCAAUUCUUCUCCUGUUUAUUUUUCUCAUGUUGACUGUUUAAGAGAUAGUAGACUUCUAACCCCAGACGGUAAUGCAGAUCUCAUCACAUUGCCACCAGAAAAACAUGUUCCAGCUAGUGCCUUUACUCAGACCCCUCUAGGGGCACCUAGUUUGAACUCCUGUGGGCCCAUAAAUACCUCCCAGUCCCCCGAUAGUACCAUGUCAACAGGUUUAAGUAAACUAGAGGAGGAGGAAGUUUCCAUGAUAUCAUUUCAUUCAUACCUAAAAAGUCGCGGAGUGGACUUAGAUAUGUCUUCGGUACAGUCGAGUGACGUAUGAAUUCGUAACGAAGUUGAAUUUUCUCGAUAUUUUCUGAUUCUCUGUUUGUUGAUAAUUAACGAUGAUUUUCUGUCGAAAUCUAAAAGUUAACAAGUAGUCUAUCUGAGAGAAACAAUAAGUUUCUAAAGCAGGGUACCAGUUAUUGUUCAACACAUUUCAGAACCCAGAAACAUUGAAAUAUAUAAUGAUAAUAAUCUGGUUUGUAUCAUGAACAGACUUUAGCUCGUGACGUCACAAAGAACAACUGUAAACAGUACUUCUGAAUUUCUACAAAUCCUCAGGAGACAAGAACAAGGUUGAUGGAGAAAUUCUGGGAUUUAAUGUAACAAAUUGAUUUACAGGAAACGCGUGGAAAAAAUCCCAUUCGUUUAAUUUCCAAGAAAAAGUCACAUUUCUUGAAUGAAGGAGAACGCGUGCAUUGGUAUUUAUUGAUUCCCCGUUACAAUUAUCCAAAUGUUUUAAUCAAAAGAAUAUGAGCGGAUUAUUAAGUGUAAAGCAGGUUGCUGUAGGACUGGAUGUGAAAGCCUUCCCUGUUUGUAUGUAGUGAACGAUACCUUUUGUUGUCGUGAUCAAUUUAAUGUGCCAUUAAAAUGUAUUUCCUUUUCAUUUAA